GGGGGGGGGACAGUUAACCCAUACCCUAUUCACUGAGCUAACCUGGCUUCCUCAAGAUCACCUGCUGCCAAAUUUUGCCUGUGGUUGCUCUGGAAAUUUGAUCACCAGAGAUCCUUUCAACAUGCUUUAGCUGGAUGGAAGAUGGGUGAAUCAGUACCAAGCAGCUGAUCCAUCUGCUGCUGGCAGUGUUGACCAUUGAAUCAUUUGCUCCACAAUCAGUCAUUAGGUGUUCACCUUAAGUUGAAAGAGAAGAUGCCUCAUCCAUACAUACCUACUGAUUGGUUGACAUAGCUGUAACACUGUAGACUGGUAUUCAGGAAGUUCUGUGUUUGAAUCUCAGCUGGGACACUGCCAUGACUGUGUUUUCAUAGUUUUGCUGAGUCUCUGGACAUAAAUGCUAGGAUGUUAUCCCUGUUAGGCCUAAUCACUUUCUUCUAAUUCCUUUCUAGUUUAUGAUUCAUUCGUCAUGCUACUGUUUGAUGCUAUGUAUUCUAGCUACCGACAGUAAAUCUACAAACUGUUAAUGUAAAAUAAUGUGCAUUUCACGUCAUUCAAGUUGGUUUAGAAACAUGACUUUGGUUCCAAGGCGUAACUGGUGUCUGAGUAAGGUCCAUGAGGUGCCUUCUGCAAACACAUCACAGUCAUGACACUAAGGCUGGGGGCACACGGGCGCGCAAAAUGCAUCUGUUGUAACGAACAUCGUGACAUCUUUUGUAGAAAUAAACAAGAGAGGCGAAUGCUAUGCUUUCUUCUGGCUCCCUUGCAGAAAGAAACUGCACCACAUUCUGCAAUUGUGUGAUGUCCUCAGCAACACCCAUCAUAAAGUAUGUUCGUUACAACGGACGCAUUUUGUGCGCUAGUGUGGCCCCAGACUAAUACAGCAAUAGAUAACAGAUCAAGACACAAGCAUACAUCUAUUGCAAUUUUGGAUUGGAAUCCAUCAAUGUUGAGAGGAAUUUGCAGAUUUGUUUUUCAAGUGGAACAAUAAAUAUAACUCAUACUUUCAUUAAGAUACUUAAGUAUUUUUGUGACACAUUGUUUUUGACUGUUCCGUCCUAAGCAUAAGUAAAAUUAGGAUUAAAUUGAAUCAGUUACAAUAUGUUUUUAAUAAUACAAUAAAGCCUUUACAUAUUUUGAUAUUUUGGUCAAUGAUUCGCUAUCAUCAGAAGAUGACCCAACUUCAAAGCAAAUGCUUCACAUGUAUUAUGUGCAUGUGUUGUGUGACAAGGGUUAAAACACAAGUAUUUAAAAUGUGGUUUUAAAAGUAAUAGAAUAUUUUUGAUUGAGUAGAAUCUUACUGUGAAGCCCACUGAUGGUCGUGUUCCUUUACAGUAGGUGCUCUGUAUUGUUUGGUUGUGUGUGUGGUUUGGAUGGGUUUGAGGCUGUGUAGGAUGUUCACCAAAACACAUCACAUAACAACACAACCUACAGUGCACACUUAACAAGUGCAUUCAGCAGGAGUAUCCAUAUGCAAAUAUUUAUUGCGAUAAGCGGAAGUAUUUUAAGUAGUCUAGUAGUGAUAUUUCUACUGGACAACAUGAUGCGACAUGAUGGUACUGUUUAGUCAUGUCAUUGCGAUCCCUGGUGUGAGAGCCGCAAAUCCAACAUACUUAUUCAGAUUAGCCCAAGUAGAUAUAUAUUUUAAAAUGUAAAACAUCUAAUUAAAUAUGUGUACUUAUACACAUGGCGCAGUUUAUUUUGUAGUACUAUGUUGUCAAAAUUAUUCAAGAACGGUACUGCGUCAUCUCACUGACUGAGCUGUUGGUAACGGCGCAAUUUGUCAGUUUACCACUGACUAGAUGGCAGCAUUAAUGCCUAAUGUAGUACAACAUUCCUAUAUUUAUAUAAAAUAGAUAUGUAAGAAAAGAUUUUCCCGUGAAUGACUGGUUUGCUGUGUGCCUUGUGUUACAAUUGACAAAAAUGUAUGAAAUGGAUUCCUGAUAUAUACCAUCGUAUGCUUCCUGAUGGAUCUUAGUAACAGAACUAGCAAGGAAGCCAUCCCUGCCCCUUCAGAUGUGUCUCAAUAUGCAAAAACCAAUUUGUUGCCACCAUUACUACUUGAAUAUGAAGCAUUCAUUGAGACCUUACAGCAACAAAUUGAUUUUUAUAAGACAGAGCAUACCACACUCCGCAGUGACCUGAUGGAUCUUAUUACUGAGAACAGACAUUUGUCAGACAAGUUGAAAGAUAUGCAGAGCACCAGGUUCACCAGGGAGUCCACCAUAUCACCACGUCACAGGAAAGAGUCAGACAUGUUGACCAAUCUUCGGCAGCAGCUGUCCCUUGUAGCCCAAGAAAAAGAUUCAGCUGUAGAAAUGUGGCAUAUUGCAUUACAGGAAGUAGACAACUUGGAUGAGGCGCUCAAGUCUUAUCAGGACAACAGACAUGUUGAUGUAGCUCAGAAAAAGAUUGAGGAUGUUUCUACUAUGCAGAAGAAUCAGGAUUUCGUGAAAGCAAUAACAAUGCUAGAAACAAAACUCACAACAACGAGAAAUAGUCUGGCAAAAGAGAGUGCAGCACGAGAAGAAGCCCAAAAGAGACUGGAGGAGAGUCUGCAGGAAAAUGCAUCUCUGAAAUUAACUUUGGAAUCUAGAAAAAAUGAGCUAGAGGAAGCAUUAGAAGGACAAUGUGCAACUGCAAGAAAAUUGCAAGAAAUAGAGAAAAAGGCAGAGGAAUUCCAGGAACAAGUGGAGACACUGAAAAAGGCAGAGAAUGAUCUGGAAUCAGCUUUGACACACUGUCAUGAUAAAAUAGAUGAACUAGUCAAUAAAAACUUUGAAGCUCAUGAGAAAGUCAGCGAAUCGUUGCACUUAGUAGAGUGCGCCAUGGCAGAGAAGGAUGCUGCAAUACUACGAGAAGCUCAGAUAAGAGAAGAAAAUGUUCAUCUCCAGAAGCUGAUGGCAAGCAUCGUUGAUGAAGCUGGGGCCAGGGUGAAAGAAGAAGUUGAAAAUAUAAAACAACAAUAUAACAAGAAGCUCGAAGUAUUAGUUCAUGACAUGAAGAAGCUGGAAGAUGAAAAUAAUGAAAAGAAUAAAAAGUUACAGAAAGAGAUCCAAGAAAAGUAUAUCCUCGAAGGAGAACUGCAGAAGAUACAAGUAGAAUCGCCACUUACAGUAAGUGUACUUGAGAAAAAGCUGACCAUGGCUCAUGACGAGAUACUGGACCUCAAACGUUGUAACAUGCAACUCAGCAUGGAAAAAGAAAACUUACAUUCUGAAUUGGAGAGACUGCGGGAGAGCCAUGCACUGGAUAUUCGAAAGAUGAAUAUGGAAUGCCAUUUCAUGGAAGAACAGAUUUUAGGCCUGCAAACACAGUUGGAAGCAGAAAAUCAAGCUAAGAGUAAGAUCAGUGAACAUGCAGAGAAACUGGAAGAACAGGCCCGUCUUAUGGAACAAGAACUUGAAAGACGACGUCUAAUGUUCAGUCAGGAUCAACCAGAUUGGCAGCAACAGCAGCAUGGACAGGAUCAUCAUCAGUUGAUGACACAGAUACAAGAAAUUCAGAAGCAAAGUGAUGCAACAGCCAGUGAACUUGAACACCAUCUUGAGAGGCAGCACUUGAUGAAAACCAAGUAUCAGAAGGCAAUGAAGAGCGUGACUCAGAAACUUGUACUGCGAUUACAAGAUGUCCAUUCUGAAGUAAAUGCCCUAAGAAAGGAGAACAAACAGUUGAAAAGUUGCCUUCAGAAACUAAGAGAUGGAGCAGCUACUCAUAAAUCAUCCCAGAAGAAUGACUGAUACGUGAAUCUUUUACUUAUUUUAAGGAACACUGCAUUGUUAUGUAUGGGUAAUGUGAGUUACUAUAUAUUUUUGUACAUUUAUAUUACAUUAAAUCUCAGGAAGGUAUGUAAGAAUUAGUGAAUUUUGCUGCUCACACAUCCUGUAUGUUGAUGGGGUAAGGUACACUUCACAGCAGGUCGGUGUGGAAUGAAAGCAGUGUGUGGAGUUACAAGAGAGAGUACAUACAAGUCUUCUGGGAUGUGGCAGCAUGUAGUUUGAUAGGUACCCUAAUCAGCAUAACCUGCUGCAUUCAUCUUCAGUAUAGAAUAGAUGACCUGAGCUAGGAAAACAGUACAUAACGCAGGGAGGGGAGCUCUGGGUGAACCAUUUCCGUUUUCACAGCACUGUUUCCUCAAGGGGAAACAAAACUUGUAAGACAAAGAGAAUAAUUUCUUUAAAUAUGGAAAAUGUGAAAGGAAAUGUGGAGAUGAAAGGAGGACGAAUGAAAGAAGAAAAAGAGGAAAGGUCACCAAGAAAAGGCUGUUAUUAUCAGUAGGCCCUUCUAAGGUUAGAGCAGCAUUUCUCAACCUUAAUUUUCUAAUGACCAUUUUCUUUUUGAGGAGACAAUUUUGUUUGCAGCCAUCAACAACCUGUCGUACUGGAAAGAAGCUAUGAGCGUGCCAUACCAGCUGGUAUAUCGGGGGGGNGGCAUGACUUGCCUAAUGACACCUUUGGAACCCCACCAGGGAACAAUUGGAUUAGGAAAAGUCACAUGGUAUAUUGUUAUAAGCAGGCUACCUCCGUUUCUUCAGGUUGUAAAUGAGAGGCUUCCAUGACUUGCUAUAAAUAUACAGGGUGUCCCAUCACCUUAAUCUUUAUAUAUUAAAAGGGGAGGGUGGGGACGUUCACUAGUCUCACCCGAUCAAAAUGUAGAUGUAAUGGAACAUGGUCACCUGAAUGCAUGCCAGCUUCAAGCUUUCUUUCAAACGUCUGAAGAUGUGUUCAACAUAAUACCAUAUUGGUAUCUUCAGAAUGUUUCACAGUGGCACUGCAGCAGGUAGCCAUGGGUAUGUCAGGCUGGAGGUGGUCUCCAUCUCAAGUGGCUUCACAGAUUGCAUUGCAUGCCACACAUAACCACUGGAGGUAAGGCUCCCAUCCCCAAAAUUCUGAAGCUACCAUUUUGUAAACUGCUGUGAUAGACUUAAUAUUAAUAAUUUAAUGUUAAAUUUGACAAUAAUAUGAAUAUGUUUUGUGAUAAUACUUUUGUAAUUUUAACAGUAUUUUUCAUUAAACCUGCAAAUGAAGUUAGUAAAUUGUAUUUUAUAUUUAUAAUCAAGACUGAUGUAUCUUGAAACUCCCAAAUACAGACUGGGUUUGUACAUCAGCAAAAACAGUAUGGUUGACAAUAAUAUGAAUAUGUUUUGUGAUAAUACUUUUGUAAUUUUAACAGUAUUUUUCAUUAAACCUGCAAAUAAAGUUAGUAAAUUGUAUUUUAUAUUUAUAAUCAAGACUGAUGUAUCUUGAAACUCCCAAAUACAGACUGGGUUUGUACAUCAGCAAAAACAGUAUGGUUGACAAUAAUAUGAAUAUGUUUUGUGAUAAUACUUUUGUAAUUUUAACAGUAUUUUUCAUUAAACCUGCAAAUAAAGUUAGUAAAUUGUAUUUUAUAUUUAUAAUCAAGACUGAUGUAUCUUGCAACUCCCAAAUACAGACUGGGUUUGUAUAUCAGCAAAAACAGUAUGGUUAACACAUUGCGGACCAGUUGUUUAAAUAUUUAAAUCAGCCUGGGGACCAGGGUUUUUAAGCCUAACACCCUAACUUGUGCACUGUUCACUUUAAAAAUUAAUAUAAAAUCUCCUAAUUAAUUCUAUGAACUAAAAUUGACAGGAAAUGAGCGUGAUCAUGUUACUGGCUAAGCUAGCAAACAUUCCCGAGGUCAACUACGCAGUAGUUAUGAUGCAACGUGGCCACACAGCGAGAUAUA